AUGGCAAAUUCUGCUGAAACAGGUGGUGUUCAUGCUCUGGUUCGUCAUACAGCUGCGAUGGCUGAAUUAGCCAUUCAUGCUGGUCAUCCAGAUCGAAAACAUAACGAAUAUUUACCAUAUCCUGAUGAUAAUUUUAUUGAAACUGUUGAUGAACGACUUGAAAGCGCUGGUAAAUAUACUAUUGAACAUAUACAUAAUCGUGGUGGACAAGCAUUUAUCCCUAAUGCUCGAGUUAAUGUUAAAUUAAUUGUUGCUCAACGUACUUAUGCCGCUUUUACAGAAUUUCUUAAUCCUUAUUUGUACUGUGUAACAACUGAAUAUGGUCCUUUUGAAUGGUCUGUUUAUAAACGUUAUCGACAUUUUCAUGAGUUACACAAAGCCUUGAUUCACUUUGUUCAAAUGGAAACAAAAAGAUCAAUCAGUGAUUUAGAAAAAAUUCAAGAUGAAGAUAAUGAAUAUCCAUGUUUCCCAACAAGAAAUGAUCGUUUGGCAUUUAUUAAUGAUACUAUUAUUCAAGAACGUUGUAAAAUUCUUGCUGAAUAUCUCAAUAGAGUUCUCAAACAUCCUAAAUUUCGUAAACAUCCAGCAACGUGUGAAUUUUUUGAAGUAAGUUGUUUAUCAUUUAUUUAUGGUAUAUCAAUUAGCCGAAAAGAAGGUUAUCUAUUAAAACGAUCACAUGAUGAAUAUCGUGGUCAGCGUGCUCUCUUUCGUCUACCACUGCUUUGUGAUACAUGCAAACGUCAUCAUGAUCGAAAAUGGUUUGUUAUUAAAGAUAGUUAUAUAACAUACAUACGACCUAGUACAUUUGAAUUACGUUUUCCAAUGUUAGUUGAUCGUGGUUUUCGCAUUGUUACUGGUCUACGUAAUGUUCGCACUUAUCAUGGUAUUAAAUUAAAAAAUUUACAACGUACAUUAGUUCUUAAAUGUCGAACAACACGUGAAUCUGAAGAAUGGACACAACAUUUAUUAAAUUUAAUUGAACAAUCCAAAGGUUUUAUCGAUAAAACAGCAAGUAGAUUUAAUUCAUAUGCACCUAUUCGAGAAAAACAAUUAGCUUAUUGGUUUGUUAAUGGUAAAUCAUAUAUGGAAGCUGUUGCUAAAGCACUUUUAACAGCUAAAGAACAAGUUUUCAUUACGGAUUGGUGGCUUUCACCUGAAGUUAUGUUAAUUCGACCAACAGAGGAUGAAACAUUUCGACUUGAUAAUAUAUUAGGAAAAAUAGCUGAUGAAGGAAUUCGUGUUUAUGUAAUGGUUUUUAAAGAAAUGAAAUUUGCUAUAGGUUUGAAUAGUGCAUAUACAAAACGAAUAUUAAUUAAUAAAAGUAAAAAAGGAUUUAUUAAAGUUAUUCGACAUCCUGAUCAUCAUCCGAACGGAGGAGUAUUGUUGUGGUCUCACCAUGAAAAAAUGGUUGUUAUCGAUCAAAAAAUCGCUUUCGUUGGUGGAAUUGAUUUAUGUUAUGGCCGUUGGGAUGAUGAUUUUAUGCGUCUCGUCGAUUUGGGCGCAGAAAAUGAUACAACAUUGAAAUCAUCACUCGACAUAGUUGUAGAAAACGUAGCAGCAGGUGGCACAGAGAUGGUAGAAUCAGCACAAAAAGCUACCACACAAAUGGCUGAACAAGCUGGUGAAAGAUCAAUUAAGAGUAGUGAUCGUUUGAGAACAGUAUUCAGUGCUCCGAACAAAGCAAGUGAAGAUAUCAAAUUUGGCGAACCAAUUAAUGAAACUAAACCAGAUUUUCGAACGAAAUUGAUAGCUAAAAAAUAUAAACCAACAGCAUCUGAUCGAAGAAUAUUUAAAGACGAUGAAAAAGUUGCUCGACGACCAGAUAAAUAUGCUCGAAAAUGGCGAAAAUUAGCUCACAAAGUGAAAACAAGCAGUGAUGAUUCUGAUAAUGAAGAAACUUUAGAAGAGACACAAGCAGUUGUUGGUCCAACACCUGAAAUUGAUAGAAGGCAGAAAUUUUUUAUUGGAAAAGAUUAUUCAAAUGCAUAUGAAAAAGAUUUCGAAGCACUUGAAAAUUACGCCGAAGAUUAUAUUGAUCGAAAAUUAGUACCACGUAUGCCAUGGCAUGAUGAAGCACUGGUUGUAUUUGGUCAAGCAGCUCGAGAUGUUGCGCGACAUUUCAUUCAGCGAUGGAAUAUCCAUAAAUGUGAAAAACAUCUAAAGAAUGAUUAUUAUCCAUUUCUAUUACCCAAGUCUUAUGAUGAUGAAGAAGAUUUAACUGUUAAAAAUUGGAAGAAAUUUCUUGAAGGUGAACCAUUUCAAGUCGAUACUCAAUGUGUUCGUUCCGUUGGACCAUGGUCAGCAGGAACAAAAACAAUUGAAUCAUCUAUUCACAAUGCUUAUGUACAAAUGAUUGAUGCUGCAAAACAUUUUAUAUACAUUGAAAAUCAAUUCUUUAUUACUAUUGCUCAAGAUCCAAGCGUUCGAAAUCAAUUAGGUGAUACUCUUUUUCGACGUAUAGAACGAGCACAUAAUUUGCACGAAAAAUUUCGUAUUUAUAUCGUUCUUCCUCUUUUACCUGGUUUUGAUAGCAUCAAUGCUGUACAAGCUGUACUCUUUUAUAUCAUGCGUUCAAUUACUAAGGGUGAUGGUUCAUUAUUUAAACGGCUUGAAAAAGCAGGUAUUUCACCAGAGAAUUAUAUUAGUAUUUUUGGUAUGCGUACUCAUGAGAUCCUUAUGGGUCAUUUAGUAACCGAAAUAAUAUAUGUUCACUCAAAACUAAUGAUUAUUGAUGAUCGUAUGGCUAUAUGUGGUAGUGCGAAUAUAAAUGAUCGUUCAUUACUUGGUCAACGAGAUAGUGAGUUUUGUAUGAUAAUAAAUGAUCGUGAAGAAGAAUAUGGUCGAUUUAAUGGGCAGCAAGUUCGUGUAGGAAAAUUUUGUUCUAGUUGGCGAAGAAAACUUUUUGCAACUGUUUUGUUUCUUAGAAUGCUGCUAGGUAUUCAAUUCGAGAACCCAAAUAAUAUUGAUAUAACUGAUCCAGUAUCAGAUGAAUUUUAUACUUAUUUUCGAAAUGUAGCAAGAAAAAAUACACUCAUUUAUGAAGAAGUUUUUGCUUCAAUGCCAACUGAUCAUGUUAGAAAAUUUGAUCAAGUUGCUGGAUAUAAUGAUGCGCCGAAGAUGAAAGAUACUGAUCCAAAACAAGCACAACGAAAAUUGAGAGAUAUUCAAGGUCUUGUUGUCGAAUAUCCACUUUACUUCCUUGAUGACGAAGAUUAUUUACCGAGUAUAAAAACUCCUGAAGGUAAGAACUUUCGAUUAAUUAUUAAUGAUGGAUUCAACUAUAUUUUUUGA